CUCUCGUCUUUCAUUUGAAGGCCCAGUGGCACCCCCUCCAUUUGACGGGCAAUUGAUGCUUGCCACCAGGGCAGCGUGCUGGGCUUCUUGGAUGAAUCGCAUUCGACGACGACACGAGGCACCUGUCCUACCGAGGAGCUUUGACUCGUCCCGAGUCUUGACAUCUUUCUAGCCAGCGGUCCGAACCUCUGCUCCACGGGGGACGCGGGACGCGGCCGAGAUGUUCAAUCAUUCUGGGGACAAACCACCCCGCGGUGUUCCCUCUGGAUCAGAAUAUGGAGGCAGUCAACAUGGCCGCCUCGCUCUCAACACAUCCGGUCAACCAUACUCUAGGUUUGGUGUUCCACUCAACUUUGGCGGUCCCUCGACAUGUCCGCCGCCGCAACAAGAUACCGUCCGGAGGGACUUCGACUCAUCCAUGGACUGGACUUCACCAGCCGCGCAGCAGCAUGCGCGCUUCGACGUUGGGUCUUCGAUGAACAACGCGCCACAGCAAGACGAAGGAAUGGAACUCGAUGAAUUCAGUCCCCCCGCCGGGGUGUCCAACCUGAUUGCGCGGUUUGAGGGGAUUCGCGCAGCACCACCAAGCAGUAACAGGAUCAUGAGUCCGGCAAGUUCAGUCGCAAGCCCGUCAAUAGCGAGCCCGUCGUCGGCACAUUUUGGCAGCAUGCACGGCAGCACAGCAAACAUGAGCUCCUCAGGAAUGAGUAGAAUGACAAGUCCAGUCGCUCACAGCCCGGCCACGCCCAAUUUCUUCCGUGCUCCGGAAUCAUAUCGUCCCCCAGUGCCCAGACAUACGAAGCCAGUGUUGGAUCGCGCACCGUCUAACAUUCCCAUGUUCACGCCGGAUUCACGAUUUGGAGAUGGAAAUAGUCGUAUGGCUACUGCUGCUGGUCCCUCAAACCCCGCGCCUCCUCCUCAAGUACAUCAUCAGCCUCAGCAGUAUCAACCACAACCACAACAGCACCAACAACACCAACACCAACACCAGCAGCAGCCACAACAGCAACAGCAACAGCAACAGCAACAGCACCAACAACCGCAACAAACUGCCGACUUCAGUCAGUUAGAUCCUUUCCUCAACACGUCGAACAAGGGGUUUCAGUCACAAGCCAACGCCUUCAAUUUCCCGACGACCAAUGACUUCAACAACACCACGAACAAGGGGUUUCAGUCGCAAGCUAAUGCCUUUAACUUUUCAACGACAAAUGACUUCAACAAUACGACGACUAAGCACUUCGCAACCCAAGCAAGCAACUUCAGUCCCCAACCAAACACAUUCAGCGCAGUGUCCAAACCUUUCGCUUCCCAACCUAGUGCAUUCAGUCAGUCGGCAACAACCUUCGGAGGUGCCAACGCUUUAAGUUCCCCUGCAAACGCCUUCAGCUCUCUAUCAACCACGAAUACCUUCAGCCCACCCCCGAAUGCCAACGCCUUUAGCCCGCCACCUACUGCCUUUAGUCCUGCUCCCACACCCUUCAGCCCAGCGACGUCGACAUUCAGCCCAGCGCCGACACCGGCCCCGAGCCACAUUCCCGGCACCCCCGGUGGGAUGCAAACGCCGUUCGGCCCUCCGCCUAACACAUCAUUCCCAGGUCAUGCUCGAGCACCCAGUAUCGCCCCCACGCCAAAGCCUGCAACCGGGAGUCGGCCAUCGCGGGAGCAGGUUCCUGCUGAGGCAUGGGAGUCUUUCAAGGGGACCAUCAAGCAUCUGUAUUUGGAAGAGCGUCGCCCCCUGAAAGAGGUCAUGCAGAUCAUGGCGGACCAGUAUGGCUUCCAAGCAACGCCGAAGAUGUACAAGACCAGAUUCUCCCAGUGGGGCUUUGUGAAGAACAACACCGAGGACGAAGUGAAGAGACUACUUUCUAUGAAGUUCCAACGCGAUGCCGAGGGCAAAGUGUCCGAAUUCGUUCGUAAUGGCAGGGUCGUCAAUCUGGGCACGUAUCUCAAGAGGAAAGGAGUGACGGAGUACGAUCUUGUCGACUUUGAAACGCCAGCUCAGCUCCCAUCAUAUGUGCGAUGUCGUACCCCGACACCGCCGCCCGCUCCGGGCUAUCUGCGAUCACCAGACCUGCUCCGAGCGCAGGAGACGAUUGUUGGGAAUAUGCGGAAAGCAUUUUUGCACUGCCGCCAGUUCGAGGUCGAAAUUGACAAGCAGGUUGGAUGGACAUCGAUUAUGCUUUGGGGUGCCGGGUCAAGCGACAUGUUUGCUGAUGCGAAUAAGAAAUUCGAAAUGGGCGAACACGACGCAGGUGGUCAUCAACUAAUGAAGGCAUUCAAACGGUUGGAGAUGGAUCUCAAACAAUUAUCACCCCAGGGUAUUAAGGAACUUUUGCUGGGAAUGGUGCAUCGCGAUGCGGGCAUGAUGACUGCCCUUUGCAAAUAUCUGGCGGCAUAUUCUUCGACAAACUUUGAGCGCUCGCAUCCCCUACGACAGACGUUCUCUACACUAUACGAAGUGCAACAAAAGCAUGGACCGAUCACACUAUCGGAGCUUGUCUGGGGCUGUAUUCCCACCAUCGCCGAGGAACUCGAAGCCAUCUACGGACGGCGCCACCCUUACGUAGCCAGGACGUGGAUCGACUUGGCCAUCUUUUACAACCACGCCAACCCCGAGAGACUCGAGAAACUGCUCUCCGAACUCCAGCCGUUACGGAGGCAGAUAGCAGGUCGCCAUGGACAGGGCAGUGCAGAGGAUUUGGCCUUGCGAUACGCUGUUGUUCAGCUGAUGCAAGCCGCCUGGCCCAACGCCGACAACACGAGACUGGAAGCUCUGGAGUUAUGGACUGCGAUGAAGGAGGGCGGCCUCGUUUUUCCGGUGCGGGGCGCAGAGCACAACACAUUUUGUUUCCACAGCCCCCUCAAGAUCGAUCCUUGGGAGAGAAGAUGCAGGGAGCGAUACGACAUUGGGACUCAAUUCUUCCAGCAACACUGCGGCAUCAAAGUGCUGCCCUAUUUCGAGGAGGACAUGCAUUACACCGAGCAUGCCCCCGACUCACAUUCGGCCUUGGCAGCAGCCUUGGGCCACAUGCCCCAAUCCAAGUUCUCGCUCAUCUAAUUGAGCGGGGGAAGUGUUGCGUGGCAGAGACUUUGAUCGACUUGUCAAGUUCUUUGGCGAAACUCAUCACCAUGGUUGUAAUGUUGUAUCGACCUAGUUGGCACAGACCGCUUUCGCCAUCAGACGAGCCACGGACAAGUG